AUGGCGGCCAUGCGUCUUUGGGCUCUGCUUUUAGUUCUGCUUCUUGCCUGUCAAUUGAAGCUGAAAUGGAGCAAGUUUGUACAAAACUACGACUUAGAUAUAUGUGAAGAUCUACAAACAACUUGUACUCAAACAAUCUCGAAAAAUACUACCGAAUUACUGAGAAAUGAAAGUGGGUAUCGAGAGUUCAGUCGGGCAAAGAAAUCGUGUGUAAUUUUCCGACUUGGCCGCUUGAAUGGCCCUUCACAACUUCCCAUGUUGUUAUUACUGCUUGGUGGAGAUAUCGAAGUAAACCCUGGACAUAACUGGAAGUUCCCUUGUGCCAUUUGUCUUAAACCUGUUAAGAAGAACCAGGUGGGAAUUCAGUGCGGCGAAUGUAGUAACUGGUUUCAUGCAAAUACAAAAUGUAUUGAUAUAUCCCCGGCUGUGUAUAGCACCUUAGUAAACAGCUCAUGCAUGUGGAUUUGCCCGACGUGUGGUCUCCCAAACUUUUCAGAUUCAUUCUUUGACAGCUCAAUAGACUCACUUAAUUCAUCAAACGUCUUUGAACUGCAAAACCAAACUACGUGACCAUGAUAUUGUCCUAUGUACUGUCAAGACAUCCUGCCAGCAGAAACGAAAUGUUAAACGUAAAGUUUACAUUAAGAAGAAAGCUGAUUCUGCUCGUAUCAAGCAAGAGCUGCAAACAUUAAUUACGACUCAGCAUCAGGAACCUAAUUCAAGCGAUGUGUCAGUUGACAAGAUGUGGGCGGACUUUGAAGGAAAUAUCCGACGUAUAAUGGAUACCUCACAAAAUGUCCAGCUCAAGAUACAACCUCCCCUGGUUCAACCGCUUACUUAGAAGGAAAACAAGAAUUAAACAACAUCUUUACAAUAAGGCAAAGAAAUCAGGAAACCCUGCACAUUGGAAUGAAUUUCGGACUGCUAGGAAACGACUGCAAAAGGACUUGAAAUCUACAAGAGAAACGUAUAUUUCAGAUUUCCUGGGAACCGCGAUAGAAGAAAAUCCAAAGCGCUUUUGAUCAUAUAUUAAACAAUUAAAAAUGAGGAUCCUGGCGUAGCUGACUUCAAAGUUGAUGGCAGAAUUAUACGUGACGGGAAUUUGAAAUCGGAACUCCUGAGUAAACAGAUUUCUAGUGUGUUUACAGACGAAAAUCCUAAUAAUAUUCCUCCCGUCGGUCUAGACCCGAAACCGAGUAUUGGCACCAUUAUUAUUACAAUUCCAGGUGUCAUUAAACAGUUACAGUCCUUGAAACCACAUAAAGCAAGUGGCCCAGAUGAGAUACCCCCGUGGUUUCUUAAAGAAUAUGCAACGGAAAUUGGCCCUAUGUUGGCAGCAAUUUUUCAAACCUCCAUCGAUAGUGGAUGUACACCAUCUAAAUGGAAACAUGCUAAUGUGUGUGGUGUGCAUAAGAAUGGUCCCAAAUCAGAUCCAGCAAAUUACAGACCUAUUUCACCAACCUGCAUAUCAUCAAAGGUCCUCGAACAUAUUAUUCAUAGUCAUGUGAUGAAACACCUAGAACAACACGCGAUUCUCACAGAUGUACAACAUGGAUUCAGAGCAAGACGAUCCACAGUAACGCAAUUAAUCCUGGCGAUUCAUGAUAUGGCCAAGGCGAUCCAAGACAAUAAGUCGAUUCAUGCCGCAGUAUUAGACUUUAGCAAGGCCUUCGAUAAAGUUCCUCACAAACGUCUUAUUAUUAAGUUACAGUAUUAUGGAAUCCAUGGAUCCCUGCUUCGUUGGUUUGAGUCAUUCUUAACUAACCGUUCUCAAACAGUGGUGUGUGAAGGCAAGCAUUCCCACCCUACCCAGGUAACAUCUGGAGUGCCGCAGGGAACUGUGUUGGGACCACUUUUAUUUUUAUUAUACGUAAACGAUCUGCCGGACAAUCUGAAGUCCCAAAUCAGACUUUUCGCCGAUGAUGCAUUACUAUAUGGCAUAAUGUCAAAUGAGGAAGAUGGUGACCAACUCCAGGAAGAUUUACAACAACUCGAAGAGUGGCAAAAUAAGUGGCAAAUGUAA